AUGACGGGCCUCCUGGGCGGUCUGCGCGCCGCCCGGCGCCAAGGCCUCUCGGCGCUGCAGGGGCUCGUGCCGAACGCUGGUGGGUGUGCAACUGGCAGCAGUGCCGAGGCCCUGCGCGGCCUGAGCACGGCCGCGCCCGGGGCAACCGCGCAGGUCGGCGGAGCGGUGUCUUCUCCGGACGGCAGGGGCAUCCACACUUCCCCACACGCCGCCAUGGCGCGCGACGCGCCCGUUGAGGUGCCCAAGGAGAUGAAGAACUUCACGCUGAACUUCGGACCGCAGCACCCGGCGGCGCACGGCGUGCUGCGCCUCGUCCUCGAGAUGCAGGGCGAGAAGAUCGAGCGCGCGGACCCGCACAUCGGGCUGCUGCACCGCGGGACGGAGAAGCUGAUGGAGUACAAGACGUACCUCCAGGGCCUGCCGUACCUCGACCGGCUGGACUACUGCUCCAUGAUGUGCAACGAGCACGCCUACUCGCUGGCGACGGAGCGCCUCCUGGGCGUCGAGGUGCCCAUCCGCGCGCAGUACAUCCGCGUGCUGUACUCGGAGCUCACGCGCGUGAUGAACCACCUGCUAGCGCUGACGUGCCACGCCAUGGACGUGGGCGCGUUCACGCCCUUCCUCUGGGCGUUCGAGGAGCGCGAGAAGCUGUUCGAGUUCUACGAGCGCGUGUCGGGCGCGCGCAUGCACGCGGCGUACGUGCGUCCGGGCGGCGUCGCGCAGGACCUGCCCAUUGGCCUGUGCGAGGACAUCUACAGGUGGGCGUCGCAGUUCGCGUCGCGGAUCGACGACAUGGAGGAGAUGCUCACGGACAACCGCAUCUGGCGGCAGCGCACCGUCGGCAUCGGCGUGGUGUCCGCGGACGACGCGCUGGCGUGGGGCUUCUCGGGGGCCAUGCUGCGCGGGUCCGGCGUGCCGUGGGACCUCCGCCGCACGCAGCCGUACGAGGUGUACGACCGGAUGGAGUUCGACGUGCCCGUGGGGUACAACGGCGACUGCUACGACCGCUACCUGUGCCGCACGGAGGAGAUGCGGCAGUCGCUGCGCAUCAUCUGGCAGUGCCUCAACGAGAUGCCCGAGGGGCCCGUGCGCAUCGACGACAAGAAGAUCUCGAUGCCCUCGCGCCGCGACACGCGCACGUCGAUGGAGGCGCUCAUCCACCACUUCAAGCUGGCCACCGAGGGCUUCCAGGUGCCCCCCGGGGAGGUCUACCGCGCCGUCGAGGCCCCCAAGGGCGAGUUCGGGAUCUACUUCGUCUCCGACGGGUCCUCGCGCCCCUACCGGUGCAAGAUCCGCGCGCCGGGCUUCGUGCACCUGCAGAGCCUCGACAUGAUGAGCAAGGGGCACCUCCUCGCGGACGUGGUCGCGAUCAUCGGGACGCAGGACGUCGUGUUCGGAGAGAUCGACCGCUGA